UCACAUGUAAAUUACAUGUCUGUGUGAGGAGUAUGAAGAUUCUGGUGGCCUCGGGCAGUUCCAGGUAUUAUAUAAGCAUGGGGGGCCCUGUAACUCUCGCCAGCUAGUCUGCCCUCCCUCAGCGGCGCUGCACACCUGCUCUCCGUCUCAGCUCAGUCAGGAGAGACCAAACUCUGCAGAGAUGCCUCCUCCCGGUGUGUGUCUGAACAUCAUGGGCUCCCGUAGCAAGAGCGAAGGUUACGGGGGCAUCGCCAACCCGGAGAAGUUCUUAAACCAGGACUACCAGCAUCUGAAACAGUACUGCCUCAUCAAAGGCGUGCGGUACAUCGACGACAUGUUCCCACCUGACAGGAGGUCCAUCGGUCAGGGGAUUCUGAGCCCCUCGGACCUGAACCGGGUGGAGUGGCUGAGACCAGCGAAAAUUGCCCCCAACCCGUCCUUCGUGCUCGAUGGGAUCUCCAGGUUUGACUUCGGUCAAGGACUGGUUGGAAAUUGCUGGUUUCUGGCAUCUAUUGGAGCUUUGACCUUCCAGAAUGACAUCCUCGGGCACGUUGUCCCUCUUGAUCAAGCUUUUGAUGAGAACUACUGCGGCCUUUUCCACUUCAGGUUUUGGAGGUUCGGCAGGUGGGUGGACGUUUUGAUUGAUGACAAGCUGCCCACAAUCAACGGCAGACUGAUCUUUGUUCACUCUAAAGAUCCUAAUGAGUUCUGGCCUGCCCUGAUGGAAAAGGCCUACGCUAAGGUCUGUGGGUCGUACACUGACAUGAAUGCUGGAACUCCAGCGGAGGCUAUGAUGGACUUCACCGGUGGUAUUCACAUGUGUGUUGACCUGUCCAGUCCGCCCCAUAACCUGUGGCAGCUGAUGUGCAGAGCUGGCAAGUCCAGCACUCUGAUGGGCUGCGGUACUCCUCAGGGUGAAACGUCUGCAAACACAGUCAUGCAGAAUGGACUGGUCCAGGGCCAUGCCUACACUGUGACUGGGGUCAAACAGCUUAUGACUCGAGAGAAAACAGUGAACCUGGUGCGUUUAUGGAACCCCUGGGGCAAAGGAGAGUGGAGCGGAGCCUGGAGUGAUAAGUCCCCUCUGUGGCAGAACGUGAGUCCUCAGGACCGGGAAAUGUGUCUGUCAGUGGCUGAUGACGGAGAGUUUUGGAUGAAUAUGGAAGACUUCUGUGAGUUCUACACAGAUCUUGACAUCUGUGGUUUGAGUCCAGACUUCCUGGAGAGCGACUCUGGUUGCCCCUGGAAGACCUCCAUGUACGAGGGCCGAUGGGUAGCAGGAACCACUGCUGGAGGCUGCAUGAAUAACAAAGACAGUUUCUGGACCAAUCCACAAUAUCGAAUCAAGAUCCGUGGUGAAUGUUCUGGGAAGGAGUGUGACAAAAACUUGCUGGUGUCUCUCAUGCAAAAGCCCGACAAGAGGAACAGACGCCUGGUGCAAAGCCUCCACAUUGGAUUCUCUUUGUUUGAGAUCACCGAGCAAUACAAGGAGCAGAAGGGGAAGUUCCCGGCUUCGUUCUUCAGCAGACACUCGCCCGUUGCCCAAACUGCGACCUACAUGAACGCCCGCGAGGUGAUCGAGUUUCUCUUUUUGAAGCCCGGUGAAUACCUGAUCGUGCCGUCUACCUUCAACGCCAACGAGACCGCCUCCUUCAUCCUGACCAUCUACUCGAAAGCAGAGACCCAGUGCUAUGAGAAUUCUGCUGAAUACAGGUUUGAGCAAGUUGAAAAGCCAAAGAUCAUUAAAAAUUCUGGGGAGGACGACAAUAGGAAGAAAUUAUUCCGCCAGUACUCCGAUAAGUUUGAGGAAGUGGACGCUGAGCAGCUCCAGGAGCUUCUGAACGGAAAGAUCCUGAAAGGUUCGGACCAUGGCACUGAUGCCAAAGACAUUCAAACUCAUGCAAAAACUCUCCCAGAGUCUCCAAUUUUACUUACUAAAAACCCAUUUUCUUUUUCAGGUCACCUGAAAUCUGGAUUCAGUAUCGAUGCCUGUCGCAGCAUGGUGGCUCUGAUGGACACAUCGAUCACAGGGAAACUGAACAGUGAGGAAUUUGUCCGCCUCUGCAACAAAGUGGAAAAAUACAAGGGCAUUUUCUUCCUCACUGACGUCUCAAAGACAGGAACUCUGUCGCUGAGGGAGCUGAGAAAUGCCUUCAUAGCUUCAGGAAUGGGCGUCUGCGAUGAAAUGCUCAAUCUGAUGGCCCUGCGCUACGGCGCCUCCUCUGGACACAUGACUCUGGAGAGCUUCAUCAGUCUCAUCAUUCGCUUGGACUGCAUGCAGAAAAUCUUCACAAGGAUGUGUCGUGGAGAACAAAUGAGUCUUCAGCACUCUGAGUGGAUGGCCAUCUCCAUGUACACUUAGUGGAGUGGAGAGGUUGGACGCACGCUCAUCGGAGAGAAAAAAAGAAAGUGCUUCCUUCAAACUGUGCCGUGUAAACAAGGCGCCGUCCUCUGUGCAUGUUUCUUCCAUGCAACUGAUCAUGUAGUCAAAGGAAACAGUGUAUCCUCUUAUAUGUGAAACCUUAUUCAGUGGCAUGUUGACUUUCAGCUUUGUUAUGUUAUUUGAGUGCCAGUGUUCAUGAUCUGAAAUGUACAUGCUUAUAAAGUCCAGAUUUUGUACCAACAUAAAGUUAUGUGCUUGGCAUGCAUUCUGACUGAACAUUUUUAAGAUGGAAAUAAUAAAACUCAAUGUGAAUAUUCAGGGCAGGUCUGUACACAUUGAUAUUGUGCUUGGAUGUGACAAGCUGGCUGCAAUUUCUUUCUCUUUAUAUCAGAGUCUCUCAUAAAGAUUUUCUAUGCAUAAAGACCUGAGUAAAUCAGUCCUCCCUCAGAAAUCUGUGUAUUUUACUGUCUUUCUUUCUUUUUUAAUGUUUGCUGGAGGUUAGAGUGAAUGCUUUGAGAUUAUGACCACUGAGAGUGAUACUGAAAAUGUCUUU